AUACGACAACUUAAAUGUAGUAUUUCAAAGAAAUUUGACAAAGGGAAAACGAUUCAAACCAUUUUUGAUGAGGCUGGUCGGCAGCUUCUAAACUAUGUUAAUAAUCUGAAAGAUGAUAAUUAUGAAACAUCUGCAUUCGUAGUGAUGUCCGUAGGUUCCCGAAAAUUAAUUUGGGAAAAAAUUUAUUAG